AUGAAAUGGCUCUGCAUUUUUUGUUAUCUCGGUAACAAUAGAAACAGGAACAACAAUAAAAACACCGAUGCCGUUAUUUCGUUGCCGAGGUGCGCUCCGGACCGCAGCAGACCUCGGGCCAAGCUGACGAGGUGCAAGGCAGUGACCAGGAUGCGCCUUGAACUAUCGCCUUCUCCAGACUGUUACCAGUGCACGGUGUCGACCGGCGGCCCUCUGUGCUCUCAACCGGACCCGCGCUUCGUCCUCAGUCCGUCCGCUUCGUACACUUCCUCGACUUCCAUCAGUUCUUCGACCGUGCCACAGUUGGCCAGCCCCGAAGACGGAGACGACUUCGACUGUUUCACCGACUUUCAUGAGGAGGAGUUCUUCGGCCCCGUGGCGCCUUCUCCCAAAGAGUUUGGCGACAAACCGGGACCGUUCUGUGACGAGCUAAGCUCGCUAGGCCUAUUCUUCCAGCAACCCAUUCUCCCCGAAGACAGCUGUGCUGUUGUGAACUCUUUAUCUGAGACCGCCGGGGAAGGGUGUCAUAACCCUUGUCGUUUUGGUGAGGAACGUUCUGUUAAAGAAGAGUGCCAGGAGUGUAGUCCCAUUGAAGAGGAGUCUCCAAUCGCCGCACUUCUUGAGGCAGACGAACAACUCAAGAUGGCGCCCGAUGUGGGAUCCAGCUGCUCUGACCUAUCGGCCAUGACCAGCUCCUCUCCGACUUUGUCGACGUUCACGAGUAACCGAAGCUCGGCUCGUUCUUCGUUCACGAGCCGCCGUAGCAAAAGGUCUUUGUCGAUUUCGCCGACAUCGACCGAUGGAAUGGACUUAAACACAAUCAUCCGCUGUUCUCCAACGUCCCUAGUGGCUUACCUUAGCGGAUCGAGGUGCUCAUCCACAGCAGGCGUACCCUCAGCACCCGGAGCGUAUGGCCAUCUUUCUGCUCGGCCUAACAGUCCUCGGUCAGGUUCAUCAGGGUUACGACUCAGUACUCCAUACUCUCCGACAGUUCUCAAGUUAGCGACGAGGGACGACUGUUCCGCUUUUGACAACCCGGUCUUGACACUGCAAGCCAUCGAUGAAGUUGACCAGUUCACAGGAAUGCGGGACUACGACUUCCUCGAGCCAGAAGACAACCUAGCUGUGAUAAAGCAGCAGGAAGACCGCGAUAUAGUGGUUGGUACCAAUUUCGACUUUGGAGGUGAGAACGUGGUCGACUCGACGCAACAACCCUUACCAGGCGUGACUUCGAUUCUCGAACUCCAGAAGCCACCACCUCCGUCUUACGACCAGCACAUGGCCCGGAAGCUGGCCUUCCAGAAAAUGUACUCUUCGGACAGCAGUCAGCCCUCCAAUUACUCGAGCUUCGAGAGCACAGGUUCAGCGGACACGGCCUCCGAGUUGGCCGAAGUGGACUCGACGACGUCGGAGCCUGUGCCGAGGUCUUACGACUGUCAGUGGAUUGACUGCCGCGGUCUGUUUCAAGACCAAGAAAGCCUGGUGCGGCACAUCGAGGCUUGCCACAUCGACCAAAGAGUGAGGGACGAGUACACCUGCUUUUGGCAGGGGUGUCCGCGGAGACACCGACCCUUCAACGCACGCUACAAGUUGCUCAUUCACAUGCGAGUUCAUUCGGGAGAGAAACCCAACAGGUGCACGUUCGAGGGUUGUGCUAAGGCAUUUUCUCGCCUUGAAAACCUCAAGAUCCAUCUCCGGUCCCACACCGGUGAGAGACCCUACUCGUGUCAGUAUCCUGGAUGCCCGAAAGCGUUCAGCAAUUCCUCGGACCGGGCAAAGCACCAACGGACGCACCAGGACACUAAACCUUACGCCUGCCAAGUUCCUGGUUGUUGCAAGAGGUACACGGAUCCCAGCUCGUUGCGAAAGCACUACAAGAAUCACGCUGCCAAAGACGACACGGCGAGAAAGAAGAUUCGAAGUGAGAACGACGUGGAGCUAGUGUCAGGACCCGGGGACUGCUUGGAGGUGCAGCCCGCGUACGCAGCGAGAGACAGACCCAAGCUGGAACAUGCCGACAGCGGGAUCGGGCGGUCUCCGGGGGCGAGCUCCGUCAACGACUGUUGCUAUCAAGGUGCUUGUCCUAAGCCGCUGCAGCUAAGCUUGAGUGACAACGACCUUGCGUGCCGCUCCUCCCCCCACACCCGGUUCGCUCCCAGUCCUGGACUUGCAGAGGACAAGCUGCAUCCUCAAAGGUACCCGAUCCCUCCACUUCGGUCCAACUCGUUCACGGAGCCCGGCAUGGCCAGGAGUCCCACGAGAAGCGUCGUCCUCGAGGUGCCCCGCUCUGAGCUGUGCGCCAUGUCGUUCGGAGGAUUUCAUUCAUGUUCCACGCCGUCUCCCCAUGACCAACGAGACAGCCAAGGUUCGGCCAUGCUCGCCGAGGACGACCUCGAGCCCCUGAUGACCCUCAACAUGUCCGACCUGCACGUCUUGGGACACCUGGGCGACUCGGUCAGCUCCAGAGAAGAGGACUCCGCCGACGAGGGACCCGUUCGGGACCAAGCUUCCAACUACCAACCUCUGCCGCCGUUCGAUGCCUUCUACAGUUGCCUCGGGGACCUUCCCCAUUUUGGAGGGUGA